UGCCACCCCUUCUUCGACACCGCCUCUCCUCUCUUUCUCCCUUCACGUCGAAUAACCCAAAUCUCUCGACGACACCGAAAGACACCGCCACCAUGCCGUCCGUCAAGAACCCCAACGGUCCCUCCAAGAACCGCCUGGCCAACAGGGCCCUCGGCGCCAAGAUUGCCCGCCGCAAGAAGUCCGAGGCGAACCGGCACCAGAUUGCCAGGACGGACACCAUGCGCGGCGCGAGGCCCGGCCUGAUGCCCACCAGCGGUCCCAACGCGCCCAUGAGCAAGAAGAAGGCCAAGAAGAUGGAGAAGAAGAUUGCCAAUGCGCUGAGGAGGCAGAUGGAGGCGGAUGGGGAAGUUGUCAUGCAGGGUGAGUGCUUUUGGUGACUUGUGGAAAAAGACGUCAAAGGGGGGAAGAGAUUGUUGUAGUAAAGGACGACUAAAGCUGAC